AUGCUCGUGAAGGAGGAGCAGCACCUGCAGCAACAGCAGCUGCUGCUGCUGCAGCAAAUGGAGCAGCAGCAACAGCAGCAGCAGCUGCUGCUGCAGCAGCAGCAAAAGCUGCAGCUGGAAACCUUCGGCAGCGGCAGACCCAACACGGCCUUCUACACAGAAGGCUCUCCAGCGCUGGCGCCUGCUGCAGCAGCAACAGCAGCAACAGCCACUUACUCUGCUGCUGCUGCUGCUGCUGCACCUGCUGCUGCUGGGCAAUUUGCUACAGAAGAAGCCUCACUAACUCCUAGAGAAGAAGACCCCUCUGUGUCUGGGUCGGGGUAUUCGAGCGAGCUGCAGCAGCAAGAAUAUUUGCUGCAGCAGCAGCAGCAGCAGCAGCAGGAAUACUUGCUGCAGCAGCAGCAGCAGCAGCAGGAAUACUUGCAGCAACAGGAGCAGCAGCACCGCGUCCUGCUGCCAAACAGGCGCCAGAAGCAAACAGUUAUCUCCCCAUCGAGGCGCAGCCGCAGGUAUCAGCAGCAGCAGCAGCAGCAGCAGCAGCAGCAGCAGCAGCAGCAGCGGCAGCAGAUGCUGCACGACUACGAGUACGACAGACACAGAGUCCACGUAGUCAGUCGCUCCUGCUCUUCUCUUUCUAGCUAG